AUGAGUUCUAAACUCAAAGCUAUUCGAGCUGGACAUCGUGGUGCAGUCACGAAAUUACUGAAGCGAGUGAGCGGAAAUUUCGAUGAGUUAUUAAAGGAAUACGAUGUCAAUGAAAUUAUGUCAAUCAGGGAAAUGAUACGGAAAAAGGAAACAGUUAUCUCGGAACUCAACGACAAAAUUGUGGAAGAAAUUUCGGAAGAGGAUAUUCAAGAAGAGAUAGAAGAAGCCGACAGGUAUGAAUUUGAUAUUCAAAUUACUUUAACAAAAUUAACAAAAGUAAUCCGGGAAGCAGAUAACACAACAUCUAUGAAACAACAACAAUUAAACCCGCACGCCACAGAAUUUACAAUUGCAAACAACCAAAUAAACCCGACUCCAGUAAGUUUCACGCCAGCAAAUAAUUCUUCAUCUACAUUUUCAAACUCCAGUAUGUACCAUAAAUUACCAAAGCUUACCCUACCCACGUUCGGAGGAAAUAUACUGGAAUGGCAGCCAUUUUGGGAUUCCUUUUUUGCAGCAGUUCAUGAAAAUUUGUCCUUAAACGACGUUCAGAAGUUCAACUAUUUAAGGUCUCAAUUGUAUGGAGAAGCAAGCCAGUGCAUCUCAGGAUUACAAAUUACGAACACAAAUUACGCUCAAGCCAUACAUGUAUUGAAACAGAGAUUUGGUCAACCCCACAAAAUUGUGAAUGCCUAUAUGCAAAGCCUUAUUAGUCUACCCAGUCCAUCCGCGAAUAUUAGAGAGUUAAAGAACUUUUACGACAGUAUGGAGAAUUACAUUCGAGGUCUUGAGGGAAAGGGACAAACACAUGAAUCGUACGGGAGCCUUCUAGUACCAAUUAUCUUCAAUCAAAUUCCCAGAAACAUCCGACAAAAUAUGGUACGCGUUAAUGGAAAUGAUAGAUGGAAUUUACAGUUGCUACGUGACGCAAUUCAGCAUGAAAUUACUAUCCAAGAAGCAGGUCAGUCCGUAAGUUGUUAUGAAUCAGAAUCAGAAAAACAUCUACGUCAGCAUUGA